CCUGCAGCUCCGCCGCGCGCCGAGCGCUCCAGUCCCGCCGCGCCGCGCCACCGUCCCAGUGCGCGCCUCCGCCCGCUUUGCAAUGAGGGUCCCCAGUAGGCGCUGCGUAGCGCUGCUGGCAUGCCUUGCCUUAGUGCUUUCUCUCUCAGAGGCAAACUUUUUGUCAAAGGAAUAUGCUUCACAAGUCCUGAUUAGGAGACGACGUGCAAAUUAUUAUGUAUGGGAAGAAAGACUUGAGGGUAAUCUCGAAAGGGAAUGCAUUGAAGAGCUGUGCAAUAAAGAAGAAGCCAGGGAGAUCUUUGAAAAUGAUCCUGAAACGACAUAUUUUUAUCCAAAAUACUUAGGUUGUCUUGGCUCUUUCCGAGCUGGGUUAUUCACUGUUUCUUCACGUCAGUCAACCAAUGCUUAUCCUGACCUAAGGAGCUGUGUCAAAGCCAUUUCAGAUCAGUGUGAUCCUUUACCAUGCAAUGAAGAAGGAUACAUGAGUUGCAGUGAUGGCCAAGCUACAUUCACUUGCGUUUGUCAAUCAGGUUGGCAUGGAGAGAAGUGUGAAUUUGAUAUAAAUGAAUGCAAAGAUCCUACAAAUAAUAAUGGAGGGUGCAGCCAGAUUUGUGAUAAUACACCUGGAAGUUACCACUGUUCCUGCAAAAAUGGUUUUGUUUUGCUUUCAAAUAAAAAGGACUGUAAAGAUGUGGAUGAAUGCUCUAUAAAACCAAAUAUUUGUGGCACAGCUGUGUGCAAGAACAUCCCCGGAGACUUUGAAUGCGAAUGUCCUAUAGGCUACAAAUACAGUCCCAAUUUAAAGUCUUGCGAAGAUGUGGAUGAAUGUUCUGAGAACAUGUGUACCCAACUUUGUGUCAAUUACCCAGGCGGUUACUCAUGUUACUGUGAUGGGAAGAAAGGAUUUAAACUUGCCCAAGAUCAGAAGAGUUGUGAGGCUGUUCCAGUGUGCCUUCCCUUGAACGUUGACAAAAAUUAUGAAUUACUUUAUUUGGCAGAGCAGUUUAUAGGGGUCGUUUUAUAUUUAAGAUUUCGCUUGCCAGAAAUCACCAGAUUUUCAGCUGAAUUUGAUUUCCGAACAUAUGAUUCAGAAGGCAUCAUACUGUAUGCAGAAUCUCUUGAUCACUCAGCUUGGUUACUGCUUGCACUUCGUGAUGGAAGAAUUGAAAUUCAAUUUAAAAAUGAGGAAACAACCAAAAUCACCACUGGAGGCAAAAUUAUUAAUGAUGGUCUAUGGAAUAUGAUCUCUGUGGAAGAAUUAGAACAUAGUAUUAAUGUUAAGAUAGCUAAAGAAGCGGUGAUGAAUAUAAAUAAACCUGGAAGCCUUUUUAAGCCUACAAAUGGAUUUCUGGACACCAAAGUAUACUUUGCAGGAUUACCUCGGAACGUGGAAAAUGCACUCAUUAGACCGAUUAACCCUCGUCUAGAUGGAUGUAUACGAGGCUGGAACUUGAUGAAUCAAGGAGCUUCAGGAGUAAAGGAAAUUAUUCAAGAAAAACAAAAUAAGCAUUGCCUCGUCUCUGUGGAAAAGGGUUCCUACUAUCCGGGUUCUGGAGUUGCUGAAUUUAGCAUAAAUUACCAUACCAUAUCCAGUGUUGAAGGCUGGCAUAUAAAUGGGUCCUUGAAUAUCCGUGCAUCCACAGGCACUGGUGUUUUAUUUGCCUUGGUUUCUGGUCAAACAGUACCUUUUGCCUUGUCCUUGGUGGACUCCAUCUCUGGAAAAUUUCAGGAUUUCGUGGUGUCUAUUGAAAAUACCGUAAUAUCUCGGAUAAAGGCCCUAAAUUUGUGUUCCAGUCAACAAUCUCAUCUGCAAUUCCAAGUCAGCAGAAACAAUCUGCAUCUGUGGAAUCCAUUUGAAAAAGAUACCAUCUACUCUGAAGACUUUCAGAGUCAACUUGCCAUCUUGGACAAAGCAAUGAAGGGAACAGUGGUCACUUAUCUGGGUGGCAUUCCAGAUAUUCCCUUCAAUGCAACACCUGUGAAUGCCUUUUAUAAUGGCUGUUUGGAAGUGAAUAUUAAUGGUGUUCAACUGGAUCUGGAUGAAGCCAAUUCUAAACACAAUGAUAUUAGAGCUCACUCAUGUCCGACGGUUUUGAAAAACACAAACAGUUCUUAAGGCAUCUUUUCUCUCUUUUGAUAUUAUCUUUUUUCUGUGUGUAAUUAUACUUAUGUUUCAAUAACAGCUGAAGGAUUUUACCUGUGAUGUGCGGACCUUGAUUAUUUUGCAGUAUUUUGACCUUCUUGGAAUUUUAAAAAGGUCCUUUUUCAAAAACAAAACAAAUAUGUGUAUAUAUAUAUGUAUGCCGUGAUACAAAUCAUGUUUGAAAAGUCUUACCUUGUUGCUAUCUAGAAAUUAAAUAAUGAAACACAUAAAACUUUUAAGUUUAAAUAUUUUCCUACAAAUGAUAUUGCUUCAUUUUUCUAUUUGUGAAAGAAAAUUUAAUUUUGCAAUCAUGAGCUAGUGUUUAAAUACCAAUUUUUCUCAGAAGGCAAGGAUGUAAGCCCAAACAAAAGUGCAUGUGACUAAAUAUUAUUGAUCGUAGCAGAUAGUAUUUUUGUUUGUUUGUUUUGUUUUGUUUUCCCCAAUGGAGGCAGAAGAGCCUAUUAAGUCUAAAUUGAAUAGAAGGUCUUAAAGCUUUAUUCUAAAACAGUUCCUCAGGGAGAUUAGCUUUGGUUUCGUCCUCUUCUUACCUGAUUUCAAAGUUGAAACAAUAUCUUUACUGGAUUAGGAAAUAAGUGGGACGGUUUUUUGACAGCAGCACAAUUUAAUUCUACGGUGAUGAGAAAUGGAUUGUGUUGGAAUGGGUGUGCAAAGCUGGAAUGGAUACAUCCCUUAAACUUGGCUGUGUGAGCUAUGGAUUAGCAAAGGUAGAAUUUACCAAUGGAAAGGAAAAUGAACAACGUGGAAGACAAAAUUCAUAGUUCUCCUUACACCCAACCUCGAUUGUCAGAGUGGGAUACCAUAAUGUGGCUGUGGUGGGACAAAAAGAACUAUGAAAACUAAAACUGAUUUUAAUAAAAGGCUGAUCACAGAACGACAGAGUUAAUAGUGGGUCUUUGUAAUCAAAGAAGUAAGGAGGUAAGAUGGUCACAUACUUGUUGGUAAGACAUUUUAAGUAAUAGUUAUCACUGUCAAACCUACCGUUCACAACAGGUGUUUCACUGACAGUUUUAGAAAAUAAACUUUUUUUUUCAGUAUAGAUAUUUUGUAUCAUGUAAAAUUUAAUAAAUUGGUAUA